CGCGCCAUAGCCUCGCAUACGCAAGGUCGCGCCUCGCACCGUGCGCUAUCAUACGCCCCCGGGCCCCCUUCGCCAACGUCCGAACGGGCAGGUAAUGGCAAAGGGAUAGUUUAUCGUAAGUUUUAACUCCGGGAGUGUCGUGCGAUCGUAUUUUGUACAAUAAUUUCGUGCGCGAUCAUAAUUACUCGCGUCGCGAGUGUUGUGUGGACGCAACGAUUCCCGUCAAUCCCGCCGAUCUAAGAGGAGAAGGAGGAGGUUAGGAGAGGCAUCGGGCGCGACAGCGGAGCAACCUUGGGUUUUAUCGUAGUUUGCAGCACAGAUUACUCCGCUGCAUGCACAUAUCGGUAGUAGUCGAGAUGUCGUGAUGGCUGGUAGGUCACGACGUUCGAGCACAGAGCUCGAACCGGAUUUAUCGACGCCAACCGUCCCGAAAAGGCCCAGGCAAUCCGAAACCUCCGAAUCGUCUGAGGGGAAGUACCUAACGGAAGUGGAAAGUACCGAGACACCGAGCACAAGUGAGAUCUCUUUACAGACAGAGAUCGUUCGGGAAGGGGACAAACAGCUCUCAGACGUUACGGAGCAGAAGGCUGAAGAAACAUCGAAGGCAGAAGAAGCAUCGGAGCAAUCGGUUUCGAUCAGUGAAACGUCCCCGGAUUCGGCCAAGCGGUCGUCCGAAACGGAUCUCCCCGGACGAGACAGCGGCGCCGCGUCGACCUCAACGGAAGCGAUCCCGAGCACCUCGAGGGAAGAGCAGCUCAAGACGCUGAAAUCCGUUGUAAUGAAGUACAGCGAUCAGGGCGAGCUCUCUGGUCCUUCCAGAAGAAGACCAGGGGAAACGAUGGUGCAGAGUUUCUUCUCGCUACGCGAGCGGGAGUCGUCGUUCGAGAACCUGUCCGUCAUCGGGAACGGUGCUUACGGGACGGUGUACAAAGCUACAGAUAAGAAUAGCGGUCAAACCGUAGCGCUUAAGAGAGUCAGGAUACCUUUGACGGAGGAUGGUCUGCCCACGUCGACAGUAAGAGAGAUUGCUACCCUGAAGUCGCUCGAACACCACGAGCAUCCACAUAUUGUCAGACUACUGGAUAUCUGCCAAGGAGCAGAUCAUCUUGACAUAUCGUCGGGUGAUGGUACAUUUGAAAGGCCCGAGCAUGGUGUCACUUUCUGGUUGGUGUUCGAACACGUGGAAAGAGAUCUCGCUUCGUACAUAGCUCAUUAUCAGACCAGCUCGCCGCGAUCGAGUAUUCCGCCGUAUCUCGUGAGGCAAAUGUUGAAAGAGAUACUCUGUGGGGUGGAGUUCCUGCAUAGCCAUAGAAUAAUACACAGGGAUUUGAAACCGCAAAACCUUCUAGUAACGCGGGAAGGGAGAAUCAAGAUCGCGGAUUUCGGUCUGGCUAAGACCUACGGCUUUGAGAUGAGAUUAACUUCCGUGGUUGUAACCCAAUGGUAUCGAGCACCUGAAGUACUUUUAGGAUGUUCCUAUGCUACUCCUGUAGAUAUUUGGUCUGUCGGAUGCAUACUGGCGGAACUCUGCAAGUUGGAACCGUUAUUCCCAGGUACCAGUGAAGGUGAUCAGCUGGACAGGAUUUUCCAAGUUUUGGGUACUCCGUCGCAGGAAGAGUGGCCGGAGAACGUAUCGCUCAACUGGAAUGCUUUUCCAUACAGACGUCCCACACCUCUCAAUUUAAUAAUACCAGAUCUCAAUGAAGAUGGAUUAGACUUAAUAAGAAAUAUGCUCAUGUUUGAUCCUCAUAGUCGUAUAACUGCAGCUCAAGCCGUAAGACACCGAUACUUUUCCGAAGAGGGCGUAUAACGACUGUUCCGUAAGUUAUCUAGACUUAUUGCUGGAUUAACUGGCAAACCCAGACUGACGUAAUUAUAUUCAGGAAUAGAA